UCGCGUCAUCUGUUAUCUUCGUCCCCAUCUCGUUCUUUCCACGCCUACACACACCUCGUUAGCUGAUCAUGGCGUUCGCCGGAGUUACAGUGACUUGUCAUUCCAGUUAUCUACUCCCUCGAUUCUCUUCUUUCAACUAUUCUUCUAUUCCCUUUUUAAGUUUUGGAAGAUUCCCAUUAUUUAUUUCUAAGGAAUGCUUAAGAGUUAGUGCUUAUGCGGCCGGGUCAAAAUGGGCAUCACCACCAUCAUCUCUGGAGAAAAAAAACGGAGUUUGGGAAGAUCCUGAUGAUGGAAGCGGCAGUGAUUAUGACCAAGAAGAUGAAGAAGAAGCGAAAGAAAAUGACUUGGAUUUUGAGAGUAAUUGGGAGGAAGAAAAGAAUUCAGUCACAGCUACUUCCACUGCCACUAACUCCACUACAGAAAAUAACUACGGGGAGGAUCUUGUCAAAGAGGUUGAACAACUUUUGGGACCAGAAGAGAGAGCAAUUUUCCAACAGAAUGCAUCUCCUAAUCUCCGCAAAAUAUCAACUGCAAAAUGGAAUCCACUCCACACGCUUGCUCUUUCAGGACAGAUAAAAUUUAUGGACAAGUUGCUUGAUGAUGGAUUAGAUAUUGAUGACCAGGAUAAUGAUGGGCUCACGGCAUUGCAUAAGGCAAUUAUUGGCAAAAAAGAGGCUGUUAUUAGUCAUCUUUUAAGAAAAGGUGCUAGUCCACAUAUCAGAGAUCGGGAUGGUGCUAGCCCUCUGCAUUAUGCAGUUCAAGUUGGUGCAAUGCAAACUGUAAAGUUGCUGAUAAAAUACGAGGUUGAUGUCAAUGCUGCGGAUAAUGAAGGAUGGACUCCAUUGCACAUUGCAGUCCAAAGCAGAAAUAGAGAUAUAGCUAAAGUUUUGUUGGUCAAUGGUGCAGAUAAGACCAGAAGAACUAAGGAUGGAAUGACACCCCUGGAUCUUAGCUUAUGCUUUGGCAAAGACUUUAAGUCAUUUGAUAUUGCGAAGUUACUGAAGGUUUUACCAGCUAACAGGGAAUUAUAAUGGAUGCAGCAGCCUUGACAGUAAAUACAAGCAGAAGACUAUAUGAAGCUGUUGUGCAUUACAAGGGCAUCGCCUAUUUUUGUGUUUGCAGAUUCUGAAUGGGUUUGUUCAUCUAUCGUGUAUGAGUUUUAUUGGGGUUCAAAACUCCUGUGUUGUCCAAGAAUGAACGGUGCUUAGUAAACCGUGUGACUUGCACGGUGAAGCCCAAUCAAUCUUUGGGCAAAGUAGUUUUGCACCGAGGUGAAGAAGCCUGCUGAACAGGCUACAGCAAACAAUCGAUCUUUGGAUGAAUGUGUCCAGCACAGGUAAUAAUGCAAAUGGAUUUGCAAAUGUCAUGUCUCCCGGGGAAAAAAAUGCAUAACAAUAGCUUUCAGUACAAUCUAUUCAUCAUCAUGAUGGUUAUGAGAUGCAUUGCAUUCAGAUCAACAAGAAGAAGGUUGAAGCCAUUGGCUAGCCUAAUUGUGAGGCAUCGGUAACAUCUAAGAAAUCUAUAUUCUGUGGAUUUAUUCUGACGGCUAUUGCCAAGUUUAAACUAGUUGCUCUA